CCGGCGUUGCUGUGCUUUCUCUUCCGGUCUGACCUCGGAGUUGUUGGGAGCGUGGAUUUUUUCAUCUAGGCUCACCAUCUUACCAAAAUGAGUGUCCCGGCGUUUAUCGAUAUAACCGAAGAAGAUCAGGCUUCAGAGCUGAGGGCCUACAUCAAAUCCAAAGGAGCAGAUAUCUCAGAAGAGAACGCUGAAGGUGGACUUCAUGUUGAUUUGGCUCAGAUCAUUGAGGCCUGUGACGUCUGUCUGAAAGAUGAUGAUAAAGAUGUCGAGAGCGUCAUGAACAGCAUUGUAUCUUUGCUGUUGAUCCUGGAGCCCGAGAAGCAAGAAGCUCUCAUCGAAAAUCUCUGUGAAAAGCUGGUCAAGUUCCGGGAAGGAGAGCGACCCUCCCUUAGGCUGCAGCUGCUGAGCAACUUGUUCCACGGCAUGGACGAGAACACUCCAGUGAGAUACACGGUCUUCUGCAGCCUCGUCAAGGUGGCUGCAACCUGUAAUGCCAUUGCUUUCAUCCCCACCGACCUUGAUCAGGUACGUAAGUGGAUUAUUGACUGGAACCUGAACACAGAAAAGAAGCACACACUUCUGAGACUAGUGUAUGAAGCUUUGGUGGACUGCAAAAAAAGUGAAGCUGCUGCAAAGGUGAUGGUCGAGCUGCUGGGAAGCUACACAGAAGACAAUGCUUCACAAGCACGUGUUGAUGCCCACAGGUGUAUCGUUCGUGCUCUUAAAGACCCCAACACCUUCCUGUUUGACCACCUGCUGAUCCUGAAACCUGUCCGCUUUUUGGAGGGUGAGCUCAUCCAUGAUCUGUUGACCAUCUUUGUGAGCGCGAAGCUCGCAGCAUAUGUCAAAUUCUACCAGAGCAACAAAGACUUUAUUGAUUCUCUUGGCCUCUCUCACGAGCAGAACAUGUCCAAGAUGCGUCUCCUGACAUUUAUGGGCAUGGCAGUGGAAUUCAAAGAAAUCUCUUUCGACACCAUACAGCAGGAGCUGCAGAUCGGAGCCGAGGAAGUUGAGGCGUUUGUCAUCGAUGCUGUUCGGACCAAAAUGGUGUACUGCAAAAUUGACCAAACGCAGCAGAAAGUCGUUGUGAGCCACAGCACACACCGCACCUUUGGCAAGCAGCAGUGGCAGCAGCUGUACGACACCCUCACCUCUUGGAAGGCCAAUCUAGCAACCGUCAAGACCAGUCUGCAAACUUUGUCCCCCUCUGCGUAAUCCCAGCAUAGACCCUACUCUCCAAUCUUCACUGCUUUACAGAUUCUCAGGCUGUAAAGAUCACUUUUUAUAUUCAUCAAUAAAAGAAAAGUGAAGGUGACCAA